CGGUAAGCGGACAACACAAUCGGUACGAGUACCAUACAUUUGCCAACACCAGACUUCACGAGUUCAUCGUCUUUUCUCGAUGAUUGUAAAGGGCCGUCAUCAUAGAUGUCACACGUGCUGUAUUCCGCGAAGUCGAAGCAUCAGAUCGAUGGAAUACUGGAAUGGUUCGUCACUGACCAGAAGACCACCAACGACACUCCACGAUACCUCAGUGCCUAUCGAUGUUAUUGGAACAUCCGAUGUUUUUUAUGGUACCCUAAUUGCAUUGGUUUUGGGGCUCACGGCAUCGUUUCUCCAGGGAAGAAGAAGCAGGGAUGACUUCGCUCCUAAUGAAUUACCGAACAUGAACAUGACAUCGUCAGCUGUUGUCGGCAACAAAGAUGACACGUUUUCGACAGACAACGUUAUUUUCGACGCUGACUCUUGGAAAGAAAUGAGUCGUCCAGAGAGUUAUGUAUUCUACAAUCAAAAGUUGAAAGAAAGGAAAUCAAAAUCUUUGAAGUCAAAAUUCAAUUCCGAAAACGCGUGGGUAUUGAUUGCUUUAUUAGUAUUAUUUGUACCAAUUUUCUCUGUGGAAUUCUUCUUCGCCCUGAGCCGGCAAUUGAUCUGUGCAAGUGACCCCAUGAACCAAUCUGAUUUAUCGGCGUUCCUCUGCUCACCUGCAAUGCCUUUAACUGAAUAACUUAAUUUUACGAAGGAACAAGUGAGGAUAUUUGGGCAGGAAAAUUGUGAUGUGUUACGUAAUCCUAGACGUAAAAUAUCUUGGCUAAUCCUACCCGCAGAUUUACACACGCAAUGGAGACGACUAGUCUCCUUUUCAUAUUUCCUUCGGAUUGUAAUGACAUAGUCUUUUCUUAGGCAGCAGCUGUUGGAAAAUGUUUCUAAUGCGAUAAUCAGGAAACAGGGAAACAAGAAAAUUAUCAAUAUUUCUUGUUAUUGCCCUUGAAGUCGAAGUAGCAUUACGAUUACUCUUGCUGCUGGUAAUACUACUACUACCAGCAAUCAUCCUAAAAAUUCUUUUACUCUGAUGAAAGAUUGUGCCUGGAGGAAUCCCAAUUGUAAGUUAUUUAACAUUAACAGCUGUUGAGGACAAUAACAGUGCUAGAAGCAGAUUGAAACUAUAACUCCAUUACUCUGUGAGUUGUAGGUUUUCUCCCCCCUUGACCACUAGUAGUAUUGAUCUAUUUUAAACUUGAUGACACUCUACUACCAAUAUGAUAACCACCAGUGCUAAAAUCUUGAUGAUGAUAUCCUGUCUCUACUACUAUUUAAUACAAAAAGUGUGGUGGUGGUUUGCAUGUUCUUGUACUACUUGCUCUUGUUCUUGUUCCCCUGCUGCUCUGCAAUCAGUAAACAAUGCUGAGUAAAUUGAUCUAUCAUUG